CAAUGUUGUUUAUUUUUUAACAUUGAAGAGAACGUAUAAAAGUGCUUACAAAAUUUUAUAAAGGGCCAACCGUCGCAGACGUCGCCUAAGGAUAUAAAAGUGUGAACAAUUUGCACUGAGAACAUUUUCCAGUUUUAUUUCUGCGAAUAAUUGAUUUUGAUUCUAGAGAUGACGAUGAAUUUCCUAUCGACCGUUUUCUUCGUCGUUGUUGUUCUUUGGCAAUCAACAAGCGAAGCAAGGCGUCGCUGCUAUGGAGUUGGUAAACUUGGCGGACCUUUGGCUAGAGUUCGUUCGAUAAAUUCAACCAACAUCGGUUACUUCGAAGGAUGUGAAGUGGUAAAGGGAACCAUGAUUUUUAGACACUAUGCAUUCAGAAGUGAUCCACGCACAAACACCCCUGCCAUGAAUGCUUCGCAGUUACAAGCUUUGAACUCCAUUAAAGUCAUAACCGGUUUCUUGUUUAUAAACGCUUGGGCAGAAGAUGUGACCAACUUCUCUGCUUUUAAAAACUUGAAGAAAAUAAAGGGCAAAUAUUUGUAUAAUAGGGUUGGCGCUGUUGUCAUACAAGGAUUUACCAAUUAUAACAGAAACAAUACCCUGAUACAGAUUGAAUCACUUGGGUUCGGUUCUCUAAAGUCAAUAGACAACGGGAACGUGUAUAUUAGCCAAAUGGUGAAUUUGUGUUACGACCAAACCGUCAACUGGCUAUCUGUAGUGAAGAAUCCGAUUCAAUACAGUGGUAUUCGCAAUGGAGUUCUGUCUUGGGCAAACAAACCGAGAAAUAUGUGUAACUUACAACUUCUAUGUAGCGAAUGUAAUACUCAAUACUGCUGGGGCCCGGGACCCGACUUCUGCAUGUAAAAAUCGAACAUGGAUUGAAACAGACACCGGCGCCGGGCUUGCAAAAUGUUGUUAAUAUAACCACAUAAACAUACAUUAAAGUAUAAACAUGUAUAGCUUACUAACGCAACUGUAAACUUGUACCGAUAACAUAUAUACAUGUAACUGAUGGGUAACCUUGGUGGUCUAUUUGUCAGUUUCAGUAAAACCUUUUUGUUAAUGUAUCUUGGUCAAAUCAUUUUAUAAUGGGCGUGUCAAUAAAUAGGA